AUGAUGGGAGACAGUGAAGCGGCAGAGGGACGGUCACAGUGUGGAAGAAGGAUGAUCUUCACAGGUCCAGAUGGAAUCGGAGACUACAGGCCGAGAUCAAAUUAUUUCCCCCGGCACAUCGGUGAGGGCGCCUCGUCACCUGAGGCCACAGGAGACCUCAGUUACUUGUGCAGAGCUGGACCCAGCGCCCCACCUCCUAGGCCCAGGCAGAGCUACGUGGGGGAGGUGGGCUGGGGCUGGCAGUACAACCAGCUGUUGAACAGUGGCGCGCUGCUCAGCAAUAUGCAAAUCAAGAAGACGGACAUACGGACGGCAGUGGAGGACAGAGUGGCUCACAGGUUUCAGAACCAAUAG